UCAAAAUUCUUUCUCAAAGUCAACAUGGCUUCCACAAGGCUUUUCAAGUCAAGCUUUCAACGUUCUGCAAAACUCUUUCCUGCGAUUAUAAGCCCACUAAGGAGCACUACAGCUGUGAUUCCAACAAGAAAGAUCUCUAGCAAAGGCUAUGAUCACCCAUUUCCAUCUGUAAAAGGAAGGAAUUUUUUAACUCUCAAAGAUUUUUCAAGUGAUGAGAUUCGGUAUUUUCUUUGGGUUGCUGCUGACUUGAAGUCAAGGUUCAAAGAAAGGUCAUAUCUAGAAGAGGAUUUCAAACCAUUAGCUGGAAAGUCUGCAGCUUUGAUUUUCCAAAAGCGCAGCACAAGAACUAGGAUAUCAGCAGAAACAGCCCUGGCAUUGCUUGGAGCUCAUCCACUUUUUCUUACUGAUAAUGAUAUUCACCUUGGUGUGAAUGAGUGCAUAUAUGACACAGCAAAAGUUCUAUCAGGUUUUUGUGACCUCAUUCUGGCUAGAGUGUAUGGACAAGAUGACCUUGAUACAUUAGCAAGUGUCUCUAGUGUGCCAGUCAUAAGUGGCUUGUCUGACAUGUACCACCCUCUUCAGACACUAGCUGACUUACAGACAUUACAAGAAUACUUCGGCUCAGUGUACGAGCGUAAUGUAGCCUGGGUUGGUGACGGAAACAAUAUCUUGCACUCAAUCAUGAUGGGAUUUCCAAAAUUUGGAAUCAAUCUUCAGAUUGCAACGCCAAAGGGCUAUGAACCUGAUGCAACUGUUACAAAGACAGCACUAGAGUAUGCAGCUAAGUAUGGAUCCACUAUUGAGAUGACAAAUGACCCUCGCGAAGCCUGUAACAAUGCUGAUGUUGUGGUGACUGACACAUGGAUCAGCAUGGGUCAAGAAGAGGAAGCGGCUGAAAGAUUAAAAGCAUUUAAAGGUUAUCAAGUCAACAAGGAGUUGAUGGCCCUUGCAAAGGAGAAUGCCUGCUUUUUACACUGCCUCCCUCGGCACAAAGAAGAAGUGGAUGAAGAAGUGUUCUAUUCUGAUAAGUCACUUGUGUGGCAGGUGGCCGAAAAUCGCAAGUGGACUGUCAUGGCUGUGAUGUUGUCACUGCUUGAGGACCACACACCCGAUAUUCCAAUGCCUUCAUAUUAAUAUUCAACUAAAUAUAAGGAAAAACUAGUCAAACUAA